AUGGAAACACAGGUAACUGCGCAGCAGCUGUGGAAACAAGUUUACAACAGGCUUGGAGGAAAUCCACGAAGCACGAGUGCAGCCACAUGCACUCGCAGACACUACGAGAAACUUCUUCUGCCAUAUGAAUGUCACAAGAAAGGCAUAGUGAUGAGUGCCUUGCCUCAGCAUCAGCCAAAACUCUUGCAUGAUGUCAACUUCAACAAAGACGACGAGGAUGGCCAGAGACCAGCCAAACGCAAACUGUUAUCAGUGCCGCUGCAACAGAGCGUUCCUCAGCUCCAGUCAGAUACCCAUGGGAACAUCUUCCCUCUGCAGCUCCACUACUCUCAGUACUAUCACCCAAGCCAUGCAGUUCUACCCCCGUAUGUCCCAAUGUCCUCCUCCAUGUUGACAUCGCAGAGUCCCCCUUCCCCCGAGCCCCAGUUCCCUUUCUGUCCACCUUGUCCAAAUCCAACAGACAGGGUCAAGGAGCCACUGGAGCACUUGCGCAACCUGGCAGAACAGUAUAAGACCUCGUCCGGGCUCACUGAGCCCCUGAACCUGAGUGUCAAAGCCCAAAGCCAGGAGGCCAACAGAAACCCUACCUCAUCCUUCGCUCCACCAUCAUCCAGCAAGAACCCAAAGUUUUUGAACAAACCCUCACCUCUGUACACACAUCGCCCUCCGGUGGUGAGAAACGAUGGCUGCGAGGCUCAAGAUGGCGAUGCAGAUAUCACACCGUAUUCAUAUCCUGUUAAAGAAGCGGAGGCGUAUGUCAUUGAUGUUGAAGAUGUAACAGACUGCAGCCCCAAAAGUGAACCUACUCUGAUGACAGAUGAAGGUAUCACAACUAUGGCACAAAAACGCAGCUCUCCGGAAACAGACUAUACAAUUUGGCCAAAACAAAAAAAGAGCGUAGGCAGUCCAGAAGUAGGGGGGCUUAAUCUCAGCUAUGGUCUGCCCAGCCACCCUCAAGACAAGGAUGGCAAGAUGGAAAUUCAGAUCCCGCUGUCUAUGUUCCAUAGCUGGCUCAGGCUUUGUGGGUCCUCAGCUUUGAUUCAUGAAGCUAAGCAGCUACAGGCUCUCCCUACACUGGAAGCACACUCGGAACAGAGUAACUGCUCUGAUCCAGAAAUCCUCCCCACCAAUCUCUCCCUUCACUCAGAUCCCCACCACUGGAGCCCAGCUGCUGAGGAUCUGAGGCAGAGGACAGCGCCAAGCCCUAUGCCGACCAUCCAGACCAAUAGCACAAGCCAAAACCAUUUCACCACCUACAAGCGUUUGCCCUCCGGUGGCAGUAUGAAGAACGCAUCCAGCCGAGAUGUCUACCCAGUCGACCAGCAGGAUAUUAUUCAGCCGUACGGUUCCAAAGUCUCACAAUGCUGGGACAGCUAUGACAAAGAGACCCGUGCCGCCCACAUCCGAGGGAAAGCCGAAUCCAGUCCCAUCACAGUUCAGCAAGACUUUACUGCUAAGUCCUUGUACCAAGACGCACCCAGGGGAGGAAGAGAAAGGUCAGAGGUGGCGCCCUCAGCAUUGCUAAUGGUGAAUUCCAGCUCUCUGUUGCACCUCACCACUGAAGAAGUGAUGAAGCUGAAGAAAAUCAUCUCAAGCUCAUCAUGAAGAUCAGUUCAGAUUAUUCCACUGAUUCGCCAACAUCACAUUAAAGCUGACUCAUAUUUUGCUUUUCCA